AUGUUCUUGCAGAAGUUGUGGAUUUUGAGAAUUGAUUGGGACGAUGAAGUUCCCUUGCACUUAAAUAGAGAGUGGGGAAAAUUUAGUUCUGAACCGAGUCAAUUGAAAGAUUUAAACAUAGAUCGUCAUGUAUUAUGUUCUAAAGUUCUGAAAGUAGACCUGAUAGGCUUCGGAGAUGCUUCGAAAAAUGCAUAUGGUUGUGCUGUCUACACCAGGUCUUUGUUAAGGUCUGGUGAAAUAACGGUGUCACUCUUAUGCAGCAAAUCUCGAGUGGCUCCCAUCAAAGAAAUUAGUAUCCCACGUUUGGAGCUGUGUGCAGCGGAUUUGCUUUCCAAGCUUACCGUUAAGGUUCUGUCAUCCUUGCAACUAGACAUUGAUGGAGUACAUUUUUACUCGGACUCCACUGUGGUGCUUGCUUGGAUCAAAACUCCACCUACAUCGUUGAAAACUUUUGUGGCUAAUCGAGUCGCUAGGAUUCAAGAGUAUACUAAGAACUUCCAAUGGCAUUAUGUAAAUACUGCUGAGAAUCCUGCGGACUUGAUAUCACGAGGAGUUUUCCCUUCAAAGAUCCAACAGUUGGACAUUUGGUGGAAUGGACCGUCUUUUCUUUCAUCUAGUAGCUGUCCAAACUUCAAUGACGAUCCUGGUGUCUCAGAUGAUGAAUAUCUUCUUGAGGUUUGUCAAGAAUCUAAAAGAAGCAGAGAAGACAACAGGUCCACUGAAUGCUGA